UCUAGCAGCAAUGCAUGCUUUAGAAUCAUGUCUGGACAAGAAGGAAAAUGUUUUCCCCCCCAAAGCAGUCACUAGUGAUGAUGAUGAUGAUGAUGAUGAGGAGGAGGAGGAGGAGGAGGAGGAGAUUGAUGAUAAGCAGGACGAGGAGGAGGAGAACAAGGAUGAUGAUGAUGAUGAUGAGGAGGAGGAGGAGGAGGAGAUUGAUGAUAAGCAGGACGAGGAGGAGGAGAACAAUGACGAAGAUGAGGAUGAUGAUGACGACAAUGAUGAAGAGGAGUCAUUCCAGUUGUCUGACUUACACAGGAGAGCAGUGGACGAGGCCUUGAAGAGUGAGAAUGGACACCUGGACCUGUUCCUCCGCUUCCUUCUGGGUCUCUCACUGGAGUCCAAUCAGAAUCUGUUACGAGGCCUUCUGACACAGACAGGAUGUACGACAGAGACCAAUGAGAAAACAGUUAAGAGAACAGUUGGGUACCUUUUCAGUCAAGAUCAAAAGAGAAUCCACACCAGAAAGGAUCAUCAACUUGUUCCACUGUCUGAAUGAACUUGGUGCCAACUCUCUAGUUGAAGACAUGCAGACCUCCCUGCGAUCAGGAACUCUUUCAGAAACAAAGCUAAAACCUGACCAAUGUUCAGCCCUGGCCUACCUGUUACUGAUGUCAGAGGAGGUGCUGGAGGAGUUUGACCUGAAGCCAUACAACACAUCAGAGGAAGGUUAUCAGAGGUUGCUGCCGGUAGUGAAAACCUGCAAGAGAGCACUACUGGAUCACUGUAAACUCACGUAUGAAUCCUGUGAGACUCUGACCUCAGCUCUGCAGACACCAAACUCCCCC